AUGUCUCAAAUUAGAACCAUCAAUCACUCUGCAUCUGGGGCAUCGUUUCAGUUUCACGAAUUUGGCGCUACUGUCAUUUCUUUCAAAACCUCUAGCAAUCGAGAAUGCCUCUUCUUGUCCAGAGACGCAAAGUUGGAUGGAUCCAAAGCUGUGCGAGGGGGUAUUCCCCUGGUCUUUCCGCAAUUUGGCCAACCAGAUAAGUCAAUGCCGCAACAUGGAUUUCUGCGCAACAAUAUCUGGAAAAUAGACGAGUCCAGUGCCUAUGACAACGAAUCUGGCGCCGGAAUAUCCCUUACGCUCAACCUCAAAGAUGUCAAAAACUCGAGAGGAGGCAAAUGGGACGAGAACACGAAGUAUGAUCUAGUAGCUACCUUCUCGAUCAACGUGGAAGCAGCCAAGAUGAGCACUGAGCUUUCAAUAACGAAUACAGGUACAGCGGGUGAAAAGUUUGAUUUCCAGACCCUUCAACACACCUAUUUCCGCGUAGACGAUCGUGCAGCAUACGAUCUCAAGCAAUGCUACGUGAAAGGUUUGGAGGGAUAUGCUGUUUUCGAUCAAAUUACCAAUGAAACUUCUACUGUGGGAGCUGAUCCCAUUGUCUUGGAAGGAAACGUAGACCGUAUCUAUACACCUCCUAGCGGGAAGGAGGUUGUCUCUGUCAAUAUUGGCGUCGGCGGUGGAAAGGUAAUGAAGCUCACCGCGUCUGGCAUUUGUGACGAUUCCGCUAUUCCUGUUUCCUGUGUGGUGUGGAAUCCAUACAAGGAAAAAGCUGCAGCAAUGAGCGAUUUUGGCAAUGAUCAGUAUGAGGAAAUGAUCUGCGUCGAACCAGGACUCUUGGGAACUACUUCCCUGGAAUCAGGAAAAUCUGCAAAGCUCACCCAAGUCAUUGAGUUGUGUUAA